CAGUGAACAGAAUCCCUGAGGGGCAGGAUAUGAUCCAUCUGGCCACGGAUGCAGAGAAAAACGCAGGUAUGUAGAUGGCUACCCUAUAAAUUGUCUGAAGCAUGAAUUAAAGGUUGCCUUAUUAAUCAGACUUUUUUACCAAUGCUUGAUGUAAAGUCUGAAACUUAUCUCUGCAAAAUUGUCGAAGUUUACCAGUUGUCUGUUGUCAACCACUCGAAAUUUGAUACAAAUAUCCACAGAAAAUAAUUGUUUACCUGACUUUUUAGAGAGCCAGUAGGUAUAUGGUUCUCUCGGCUUGUAUUUUUGUGACUAGAGAAAAGGCAGAGCAUUUAGCAUGAACUUGGAGGUGCUGGCUGAAUACGCGUUCAUAAACGUAUGAAUACUGCAAUUUGAAACAAAUGGCCAAAGUACAUGUUAGAAAACAACACAGUUACUGUGGAUUUAAAUGCUUUUACUUCUCUUUGAAGUAAAAAAACAGGACCCCUCCAAACUCCCAGGGCCUUCUCAGACCUCGACUCCAGUUGGGGUUGUGACCCAAUCUCAAACAUCAAUCGGUGUCCCCAAGAAGCGCAUCUACGUAGUACCCAUGCCUCGGCGGCCUCCCAAAGAGCCACAAUUCCAGACUACCGCUGCAGAUGCAACCCGAACUCCAGUUGUAUCCACAAAACACAUCUUUGUUGUAACCCAACCUCUCUCCGCUGGGGACUCGACCCAAACCCAGGUACCAGGCACUAUGAAACACAUCUACGUACUAGCUCAGCCCCAGAAUUCUGAUGGGGUCAGGACCCAACCCCAAACUACAGCCAGGAUCACAACUCAACCCCAAACUACAGCUGGGAAAAUAGACCCACUUAAAGUGCCAGGACAGUCCCAGAUCAAGACUCCAACUGGGGUCACAGCUCAAUCCCAGAUUAUAGCCUGUGUCAAGGCCCAAACCCAGCCUGCAGCAGGGACAACAAACCCUCCUAAUGCUCCAAGGCAGGCUAGGAAGAUGGUUCAGUUCCAGCCCCAGCCUCCGACAGCCAGGGAUGCAGCCCCAACCAAGACUGAUGCCCAGACUCAGACCCCUACCGUCGUGGCAGAGGUAGUCUCUGUGCUGCAGCAUGGAGAUGUGAGACCUGCACCGCAGCCAUACCUGGUCCACAAAGAAGAGGUAAUAGUAAACAUCAUAUAUAAUGAACUAAAAUAUAAACGCAACAUGCAACAAUUUCAACCCUUUUACUGAGUUACAGUUCAUAUAAGGAAAUCAGUCAAUUUAAAUAAAUUCAUUAGGCCAUAAUCUAUGGAUUUCACAUGACUGGGCAGGGGCACCCAUCAGAAUCAGCCAAUCAGAAUACGAUUUUUACCCCAAAAAGGGCUUUAUUACAGACAGAAAUACUCAUCAGUUUCAUCAGCUGUCCGGGUGGCUGAUCUCAGACGAUCCCGCAGGUGAAGAAGCCAGAUUUGGAGGUCCUGGACUGACGUGGUUACACGUGGUCUGCGGUUGUGAGGCCGGUUGGACAUACUGCCAAAUUAUCUAAAAUGACUUUGGAGGUGGCUUAUGAUAGAGAAAUAAACAACCGCAGACCACGUGUAACCAACCGCUCUAGUUGACAUUCCUGCAGUCAGCAUGCCAAUUGACAGGUGUGGUCCUCUGUCGCUCAGCUGGUAGAGCACGGCGCUUGUAACGCCAAGGUAGUGGGUUCGAUCCCCGGGACCACCCAUACACAAAAAAAAUAAUGUAUGCACGCAUGACUGUAAGUCGCUUUGGAUAAAAGCGUCUGCUAAAUGGCUGUGGCAUUGUGUUCUGUGACACAACUGCACAUUUUAGAGUGGCCUUUUAUUGUCCCCAACUCAAGGUGCACCUGUGUAAUGAUCAUGCUGUUUAAUCCGCUUCUUAAUAUGCCACACCUGUCAGGUGGAUGGAUUCUCUUGGCGAAGGAGAAAUGCUCACUAACAGGGAUGUAAACAAAUUUGUGCACAACAUUUGAGAGAAAUACACUUUUUGUGCGUAUGGAACAUUUCUGGGAUCUUUUAUUUCAGCUCAUGAAAUAUGGGACCAACACUUUACAUGUUGCGUUUUAUAUUUUAGUUCAGUAUAGAUUGUUUUAAUUUAAAGGUACACUCUGGGAUCUGGGACUGUUCAAUGGUCAUUUCAAUUAUUGAUAUUUACCCAUUGAUUGAUUGAUUGAUAGGUGCUGAGGAGGAUGGAUGCACCAGAGAAGAUGUCAGUGAGGACGUUGCUGAUGUACACUGGGAAGAACCCGGCAGACCUAGACAGCAAGAACAGAUUGGUGAAAAACCUGAUUAAGGCUGGAAUCCCCCCUGUCGAGACCCCUGCCUAUAUCACCAGCGCAUUCACCAGGCUCACCGAGGGUAAGAGAGAGAGGGAGAGUUUCUCCAGGUGACACAAGAACACUGGGUAGUGGCAAGUCCCUAGCUACCUAACAUGAUUACCUCAACUUCUGUAACGUGUGUGUGUGUUCUUCAGGCGACAUCACAAUGCUGUGUAGUGACAUGAAGUCCCUAGCUACCAAACACCUCAACUUCCCCAACAUGGCUGAGCAGCUCAUACAAGAGAACAACCCUGUGCAGCACUGGUCCAAGAUCAUCGAUACCAAGUAAGCUCUCAUAGAUUUGUAUGUUGAGUCCAAGGUCAUCAUUCAUCAAUACCAGUUACUACUGGUAGUUCAAAGCAUCUUAACAUCUGAAUAUGUCCCAUAGAUAGGGGAGUUAUGUACCCAUCACAGUUUAAUCCUGGGAUUAUAUUUCCUUUUUUUUAAAUCCUUCCUAUUUGUCAGUUUAAUUUGUCCUCUCACUCCUACCCCACCCCUCUCAGAGCCCAGCUAGAGGAGAUGAGAUGUUGUUUCAGGGACCCAGCUAACAGUCGUCUGAUGGACAAUGUGACCCACGGUAUGAGCACGGGCGUGAUGGAAGCCACCUUCGACAUCCUCUCUACCCUCAUCGACUACCAGGUGCAACUAAUCGCCUGUCUAAUAAACACCAAGCAUUCACACCAAACCCCCACUAGGACGGCCCUUCAGACUACCGUGUCCCUCGUCAACCCUCCUGUUACCACCAAUACAACGCCCCUGGGCCCAUUCUCCUCCCUACCCCCCUUGAAACGGAUCUAUGUGAUAGACCAGCCCCACUUCAACCCCAAAGGGACUCAAACCCAGCCCCUGCUGUGCUGCCAAGAGACCCAGAACGAGACCCAGAACGAGACCCAGAACGAGACCCAGAACGAGACCCAGACUGACACCCAGCUCCCUAAGAAACCACUGAAACAACACAAGGGUCGAGGCGUCCAGCGUGGCCCCAGGGGAUCUUACAGGAAGAGAGCAGCUUCAGGGGCCUCAGACCGUAAACAGGAACAGGAAGCAGCUCAGGGGAAGGGGAGGGGCAAGAAGAUUAAGCUAAACCCCUCCCCACAGGUUGCCUUGGAUACCGAGGAAGAGGGGAAUGCAAAGACUACCGAAAAGUAA